AAAGACUGUAAUUUCAAAAGAUGCAAAACAUACUCUCGAUAAGGUUUAAUACCGCGGUUAUCUGAACUAAGUACGAGCCACUAGUUUUUGCGAGGGGACUAGUUUUAUUGGAAGUACGAUUUAUUACAAUCAGUUUUCAAUCAAUAUUGAUACAUAUUAUUGGCAAUUUUCUGCACAAUCUGUGGAUUUAGUCUUGAUAGCUGCCGAUGGUGUAAAUGAUCUAGCCGGCCUGGGUCGCUUUUGAAGAAUGAAAAUAUCACUGUUCAAGAGGACUUCAACGAUGUUUUGGAUUCUUACGGCUGUUCUACUUCAAGCAGGUGUUGUAACUAGCGAAAUACCAGGUGAUGAAUUGUGGUCCUGUGACUUCGAGUCGAACAUAUAUUGUGAUGCUGUUCGUAUAUCUGAAUUUGAUCCCCGUCCACCUGAGUACAUGUGGAUGCGAAAGCAAGGUGCUACCCCGUCCGGUAACACAGGCCCACAAGGGGAUAACACCCCCGGUCUAAAUGGGGAAGGACAUUAUGUCUACACCGAAGCGUCCCCACCCAGAGAACCUGACGAUGAAACUGACUUCACGACGCCAAAUGUCAAGACCAACGUCUUUAAGAAAUCAUUGACAUUCUCCUACAACAUGUAUGGAAAAAGCAUUGGAUAUCUUGAAGUGGCCAUCCGAAAUUCAACCCAUGGAGAGAAUCUCAUCUACAGAUUAGCUGGUGACCAGGGGAAAGAAUGGAAAUCGAAACAGUUGGAGCUACCCAUUGGCGAGUUCAUUGUUGUUUUCAAGAGUGUGCGUGGAUCAGGCUGGGAUGCCGACAUUGCUCUUGACGAUAUUCUCAUUACAGUCGCUGACGAUGUAGUUUCCGAUAUAGAUCCAUGCUUGUCAGCCCCGUGUCAAAAUGGAGGCUUUUGUGAAUGGAACCUUGGGGAUUCUAGUUACAUAUGUCUCUGCACGGACAAAAGAUACAGUGGGCGUCUAUGUGAAUUGGACGCUGGGGCUGAAAAUGGAGCUUGCAACUCCAAUCCAUGUCAAAAUGGUGGUCAGUGUAUACAACCAAAUAAGGACGACGUAAAUGUACACCAGUGCUUUUGUCUGCCUGGUUAUGGAGGGCCGUUUUGUGAAAAACCACCUGUUGUCGAUGGCUCCGUGACUACGUCCGAUGCUACUUCACCCCCAUCAUCUACUGCCACAACGCCACCAUCCACUACCACAAGGCCACCAUCCACUACCAUAACGCCAAAAUCCACGACCACAACGCCACCAUCCACGACCACAACGCCAACAUCCGCUACGUCUACAAGAUCAAGGAAUGUUAAGACAACAGUCGUAGCGGAUAUUGAGCAGACAACUAAGGGGGCCAAUAUAUCUUCAGAACGAUCGAAGGUAUAUCCUGCACCAGGAUUAGGCGAGGCACCUAUACUGAUGCAUGGUGUGUAUUGGGUUCACAAGCAACAGGAAUAUCUACCCUCUCGCAAUACUGAUAUAACACCUGGACUGACCAAAGAGGAAUGCCUUAAUAGAUGCAUCAAUAUGACCCAGUUUUUGUGUAAAUCUGUUGAUUACGUAACAAGUAACCAGGAAUGUAUUCUCAGUAACAGCAACAGGCAGAAUGCAUCAACCGUCUCAAGUGAGAAUAUGGAAUAUUAUGAACGAGUUGAAUUAGCAGUUAACCAUUCGGUUUCUACAGAAAAACCCAAAGAUGUGUCUGAACCAACUACAGCUGUCAUUGGUCAGACGACCAAAGGGAACCAGGCAUCGACAUCGCUUCCAGGGGUUUAUCCCACUCCUGGACUAGGCGAGACACCUACAAUGAGGCAAGGCGUUUACUGGGUUCACAAGCAAGGGGAAUAU